GAUCAUACAGGUGUGACGCCUCCAGUCUCUGCGUAAUCGGAAGUCAGUAUUGAUAGAGAGACCUGAAAUAGUCGCCUGGCGUCGAAAAUACCUACGCGAAAUGAUUGAAUAUAGGCGACAAAGCAGAAAAAUCUAUUAUUUGGACGAGACAUGGAUAAAUGCAGGUCACACAGUUAAAAAAACCUGGAUAGACAAAAACGUAGUGAGUAACCGACAAGCAAGCAUUGAAGGUUUGUUAACAGGUCUUCGUGGACCGUCAGGGAAACGUCAAAGAUUGAUCGUAACUCAUAUUGGUAGCGAUAAAGAGUGUGACUUGAUUUUCGUCUCUAAGAAAGGAGGUGAUUACCAUGACGAAAUAAAUGCCAGCUGCUUCGAGAGCUGGUUUCAAGGGGUGCUUCAGCGAGUUGAGCCCAACUCUGUGAUCGUCAUGAAUAAUGCUUCCUACCAUAGUCGUCAAACCGAACGUGUACCGACUAUGGGAUCUCAAAAAGGUGACAUGCAGCAAUGGUUGCGCGAAAAAGGAAUCCCGUUUGACGAUUCAUGUGUGAAAGCGGAAUUGUAUGAAAAAAUUAAACAGCACAAACCUGCGAACAUUAGUUACGUGACUGAUGAGAUGGCCCGUCAAUGUGGUGUCACUGUGCUGCGGUUACCGCCCUACCACUGUGAACUGAACCCAAUAGAGCUCAUCUGGGCUCAAGUGAAGGGUUAUAUUGCGUGCCAUAACACAACCUUCAAAUUACCAGACCUAGUAACGCCCGAAGCUUGGCAGAAUGCUAUCCGUCAUGUUGUGAAGGAAGAAACAAAAAUGUGGCAGCUUGACCACCACAUCGACACCAUCAUAGAGCCAGUUAUAGUCAAUUUCAACGAGGAAAGCUAUAGCGACAGUUUAUUACUGCCAGAUGUAAGUGGAAGCGACGAUGAAUAA